GCAGCGGGGUAAUGUAUUAACAUGGCGUCAAUGGUUGCUGUUUUGACCAGGGCCGUGGUGUUUGAAAAACAUUAUUUAGAGCAGAAUCAUGGAGACAGCUAAACAAUAAUCCGGAUUCAACUUUACAGCUCGAAAGUAAGUUAGGCCGCGCUCCUCCGCGCUGCGGCGGUCCAAGUGUUGUUUUCUGUCUUUAAUGACUUGAUGCUGUGUGGCAACUGUGUGCCAGUAUUAUUUAUUUCCCGUUAGCUAGCUCAGCCGGACGACCGGGCACAGCGGCUAACGCUAGUUAGCUUGCGAACACAGCUAACUGCAAAGUCGGAAAGGCAAAGAGUCCCCUGGAAGUCAACGUGAGUCACUGCUAAAACACGGGAAACACAUUUUGGUGUAAAUGACUUUAGGUGGCCUCUGUCCCCGGUCAUCCUCACCGUGGUGUUGACUCCACCAGGGACCAGAGCAGCAGGACAGGAGGGAUGGAUGAGUCCAGAAGUCCAGUAAAAUCAGGCAAACAGUCUCAAACCAGAGGAGCAAAAGCUUUGUCCAACGAGAAGUCAAAUAAAGACGCUCCUGCCCAGAGAGACGGUACCAAGUCUGCACCCCGCAGACAAGAACACCUCGCUCCAGCAAAGGAUGACCAUAAUAUAGGAAGCCGCGGGCCAGGCAAAACUUUCACAGAUAUCCCCCAGGACAAGAGAAGAGGACGGCCCUCUAGGCUGACAAGACUUACUGGCAGGACGAGUUCUGGGGAGAGAGGGAAAGGAAAAGCGGUAAGCUCACAACAGCAGCUGGUGGCACAGGCUCCUGACUACAGGGCUUCUUUUUCUGCUGACAGCAGCCCCUCAGCAAACAGAGGGACCAGCUCCCCUGCAGUCCCCGGUACACCUGAGAGAGGCCUCACAGAGCAGGCCAAGAGCUCCACCGUAACUCCAACAAAGGAAAAGUCCCAUGGGGUGAAAUCUGCUGCACUGAUGCAUCAGUCAGUUCAAGAGGGCAGAGAGGUGAGGCCCACUGUGGAGGAAGGACCGCUGACAGAGCAACAGCUGGGCCUCCGGCAAGCAGAGGAGCGCCUCUACAGAGACUACAUCCACCGACUGUUGAAACAGUCCCCUGAGUACCCAAACUAUCAGUACUUAUGCAAGCUCUGUUCUGUGCACAUUGAGAACAUACAAGGAGCACACAAACACAUCAAAGAGAAGAGACACAAGAAGAACAUAAUGGAAAAGCAGGAGGAGAACGAGCUGCGCGCCCUGCCGCCCGCCUCCGCCGCCCAGUUGAAGGCCGUGGACGCGUCCGUCCGAGAAACAGCCAGGCAGCACGGGAUCUCGGACGAGGACUUUGAGGUUCGAAAGGCCGUGGUCAUCAGGAUGGAGGAGAUCAUCAAGAAGCACCUCUCAGCUUGUUCUCUUCGUCUCUAUGGUUCAUGUCUUACCCGAUUUGCCUUCAAAACCAGCGAUAUCAACAUUGAUGUCACCCACCCUUCCUCAAUGACACAACCUGAGGUCUUGAUUCAAGUGCUGGAAAUCAUCAAGAACAGCCCUGAAUUUUCAGAGGUUGAGUCAGAUUUUCAUGCCAAAGUUCCUGCCGUGUUCUGUCGGGAUGUUUUAAGCGGCCUGCUGUGUAAAGUGAGUGCAGGUAAUGAUGUCGCUUGUCUCACCACCAAUCACCUGGCAGCCCUGGCUAAACUUGAGCCUCGAUUGGUUCCGCUGGUGCUGGCCUUCCGCUACUGGGCGAGGCUGUGUCACAUCGACUGCCAGGCUGAAGGUGGCAUCCCCUCAUACUCCUUCGCCCUCAUGGUCAUCUUCUUUCUGCAGCAGCGGAAAGAGCCGAUCCUUCCCGUCUACUUGGGCCGUUGGAUUGAAGGCUUUGACGUGAAGCGUGUGGACGAGUAUCAUCUAACUGGAAUCGCGUUGGACACAUUUGUUCGGUGGGAGCGCAGACCGCCGAGCUCCACGGACGGACGAGGGGAAAACCGCAACGAGGCCAGAGGAGAGGGCCGACCUAAACCAGAUCAGAAAAAACCUGAUGAAGGCCAUUAUUCAGAAGGCUUGACCCGCCUGACCUUGGACCUGGGUAAAGGUGUGUCACUGGGCCAGUUGUGGUUGGAGCUCUUGCGUUUCUACACACUGGAAUUUGCUCUUGAAGAGUACAUCAUCAGCAUCCGCUUGAAGGAGCUCCUCUCUAGGGAGGGCAAGAACUGGCCACGUCGCAGGCUCGCUAUUGAAGAUCCUUUUGCCGUGAAGAGGAACGUUGCACGAAGCUUGAACAGCCAAAUGGUGUUUGAGUACAUCCAGGAGCGCUUCCGUACGGCCUACAAAUACUUCGCUUGCCCCCAGAGAAAGGGCACGGGGGGGCGCCAGAGACGCAAGAAGGCAAGCAAGCAAGGUGCAAAAUUGGAGGAUGUGGAGAGGAAGGAGGCUGCACUGAUGAACAAGGAGGAAGAUGACGGGAAAGGUGAAAAAAGCCAGGUUGCUCAGAGGGGCCACCAUGGGCUGAAGGAGGACGAGGAGUCUGACACCGACGAUGAAGAUGGUUCAGAUCGGCCCACAAAGAAAGACGAGAAAACUUUGGAUGCCAGCCUCAUGGACAUGGAUCUCAGUGAGGGGAACAGAACUUCCUUAUCCCCCAACGGACUGCUGGACAGUGACAAGGAGGGGGAAGAGGAAGAGGAGGAGGAGGAGGAGGAAGAGGAGGAGGAAGAAGAAGAAGAAGAAGAAGAAGAAGACAGCAGUGUUUCAGAGGAUGGACCUGUUACGUCAGAGGAUCUGCACUAUGUGUUUGAUAAGAUGAUUUUCACUGGUGGGAAGCCCCCAACUGUUGUGUGCAGCAUCUGCAAACGCGAUGGUCACCUGAAGGAUGAGUGUCCUGAAGACUUUAAGAAGAUCGAGCUGAAGCCUCUUCCUCCUAUGAACGACCGCUUCAGGGAUAUCCUUGAUGGGCUCUGCAGGUUGUGCUACUAUGAGCUGUCACCUACUCAUGCUGAGCAGCAGAAGAGGGAGCAGAUCCUCGCUGGCCUGGAGAGGUUUAUAAGGAAGGAGUACAAUGAUAAAGCUCAGCUGUGCUUGUUUGGCUCUUCCAAGAACGGCUUCGGCUUCCGCGACAGUGACCUUGACAUCUGCAUGACUCUGGAGGGUCACGAGACUGCAGAGAGGCUGAACUGCAAAGAGAUCAUCGAAGGGCUUGCAAAAGUGCUCAAGAAGCAUACAGGUCUGAGGAACAUCUUGCCCAUCACAACAGCUAAAGUGCCUAUUGUGAAGUUUGAACACAGACAGAGCGGUCUGGAGGGAGAUAUUAGCCUUUAUAACACUCUGGCUCAACACAACACUAGGAUGCUGGCUACGUAUGCAGCGUUGGAUCCAAGGGUGCAGUUCCUGGGAUACACGAUGAAGGUCUUUGCUAAGCGCUGCGACAUCGGGGAUGCGUCCAGAGGAAGCCUCUCGUCCUAUGCUUACAUCCUGAUGGUGCUCUACUUCCUGCAGCAGAGGCAGCCGCCAGUCAUUCCUGUCCUGCAGGAGAUCUUCGAUGGGACGACUGUUCCCCAGCGGAUGGUUGAUGGCUGGAAUGCUUUCUUUUGCGAUGACCUUGAGGAUCUGCGCCGGCUUCUCACCGACCUGCAGCCGAACACAGAGUCAGUGGGAGAGUUGUGGUUGGGCCUGCUGCGCUUUUACACAGAAGAGUUUGACUUCAAAGAACACGUCAUCAGCAUCCGUCAGAGGAAACGCCUCACCACCUUUGAGAAACAGUGGACCAGUAAAUGCAUCGCUAUUGAAGAUCCCUUUGAUCUGAAUCAUAAUCUUGGUGCUGGAGUUUCCCGGAAAAUGACAAACUUCAUCAUGAAGGCGUUUAUAAACGGCAGAAAGUUGUUUGGAACUCCGUUCUACCCCGUCCCCGGCUCUGAAGUGGACUACUUCUUUGACUCGAAGGUGUUGACAGACGGCGAGUUGGCGCCCAACGACAGGUGCUGCAGGAUCUGCGGGAAGAUCGGACAUUACAUGAAGGACUGCCCAAAGAGACGCAGGAUUAAGAAGAAGGAAAAUGACAAAGACGAGGACGUUAAAGAGGAGGAGCGGGAGCCGAAGGACAGGCGUUGUUUCCAGUGUGGGGACAUGGGUCACGUACGCAGGGACUGUCCCGAAUACCGCCACCUCAAACAGAGGACCGUCGGAGCACCAGCUCCUCACACGGCACGAACCAUGGUGAGCUCCCAGUCCAUCCCCAUCCCCCAGACACCUGCAGACUGUCCUGGAAGAACCAGACAGCCCUCUGAAUGUUCCGAUAGUCGGCAGACUCCGCCCUACUCCCCCCAGCCUACAGCUGUCCCUCAGAGUUCGUCCCAGUCCUCCAGCUCCCCUCAGCCCUCCCACAGUAAGACCAGUUCUGCUGGUCCCCUGAAGCAGCCUGCACAUCCCCAGGUCCCCCUGUCUCUUUUCAGCUUCCCGACGUCCCAUCAAGGCCAGUACCACCCAGGGACGCUCACCGCACUGGGGCUUCUUCCCACACACCAGCACCAGUCACACAACUCCCAGGGGAAGCCUCAUCACCCGGUCCACCUCCCUUCCACCUCCUGGCCCAUCCACGGCCCAGUGCUCACCACGUCCUCUCCCACCGCUCCCUCCCCACCUGGCCUCAAAUUCGCCCUACGUUCAGCAACGGGGAACGGGAGUCCCACCAGCUCUGGGGGCAACCCCAACCCCAUGAACCUGAACGACCCCAGCAUCAUCUUCGCCCAGCCGGCGGGGAGACAGCUGGGCAUCGGUGGGCCAGGACGGGACGGACACUGGCACAACCACCUGGCACAACCUGGGUCACUCAUGGGCAAUGGCACUGUGGUCAAGUCAGAGUCAGGCCAUCCCGCCCAGUUUGUAGGUGUGAGCCAAGCCUCUCGCUUAUGGGAGCACAAUAAAGCACCACAGUACGCCCUGUCUCCAUCUUGGCCCUAUCGGAUGCCCCAGAACUUCAUCCAGCAGGGCAACGGAGGCUACCAGCCGAACAAACCCUUCGUGACCCAAGGUUCUGUGAUGCAUCAGAAUCCAAACUUCCCACUGGUCCCACAUGUCCGACAUCAAGUAAAUCUGAAUUUUAUCCAACAGAAGAAGUGAACUCGCAUCUCCUUUUAAUUAGAGUGAUGGUCAGUAACAUAAAACAAAAUCAGAUUUAUGUACUCUUUGCAUCAUUUGAUCACGGGAAUUUUUAAAAUGAAUUUUAUCAUUUUUGUACAGUUUUUAUGUUUUAUUUUUUGUCUCAUUACAUUGAUUUGUGAUACAAAUGUCAAAUAUUUUAAUACCCCCAUUUUUGAGGGGGUCCAAAAAAGUGUUUUUAUUUUAUGUGUAAAGUAAGGAGGAAAAAUGUAAACCUUUAUUUUUAUUAGCUGUAUUCAUACUUUGCUUGCAACAAGAUGAAGGCUUUGAAUAGACGUUUGUUUUAAAAACAAUCUAACAUGUCACCCUAAGUAUGUAGUGCCAAAAGCAGGGAUAGCAAGAAAAAAGGGAAAAAAUCUUAAAUACAAAAAAAAGCUUAAAAAAAAAUAAAGAAAAAAGCAAACAA